AUGCUCCCUUUUCCCAGCCAGCAAAGCCCCGUUUUGGAUCUGGUGUGUCUUCCUUUCGUGGGAGGGCAAGAGGAGGCGAUCAUGGCAGGGAUCGAUCUGGUAAUCGUGCCAGCCAUGGCUGCACCCAAUUACUUCAACCCAGUUGUGGUGGUUGGGGAGCAGUAUGUGGCCGAUUACCCGGUCGACCUCACGAUCGCCUCCAAAAUCCUUACCCGCGGUGAAAACGAUUUCACCAUCAAGGACAUCAACAGCACCACCAUUUUCCACAUCAAAAGCAAGCUGUUGAGCCUCCAUGAUCGCCGCAGGAUGCUCGAUUCCGCUGGAAACGUUGUCCUCUCCCUCCAGCAAAAGAUACUGAGCUGCCACAGGAGAUGGCAAGCAUUCAAGGGAGAUAGCACGGAUCCGAAAGAUCUGCUGUUCAGCGUGAGGAAAUCGUCCAUUCUCCAGUUCAAGAACAAGUUGGACGUGUUCGUGGGGGAGAACAAGAGGGAAGAAUCCCCUGAUUUCAGGAUCAAAGGGGGCUGGCAUGAGGGUUCCUGCUCCGUUUGUCUAGGGAAAUCCAAGACCAUCAUUGCACAGAUGCAAAAGGGACACAGCGCAAAGACGGUGGUGCUAGACGCUGAAAGUUUUAAGGUGUCCGUGUACCCAAAUGUUGAUUAUGCCUUCAUUGUGGCACUUGUGGUCAUUCUUGACGAGAUCAACGCAGACCGGAGCGGUGAGGACUGAGUACCGGUUUCUCAUCAUGAGGAUAACUAACUCAAAAUGCUAAUUCCAUACCUGUACAGCGUAGCAGAGUCGAGUGGGAUCGGGGGGAAAACAAUGGGCUU